AUGGAGAAAUUCUUUGUUAUACUCCUAAUAUUUGUCCUUUCUACACUAGACGUUCUAGUUUCUUCAACCUCUUCUCCGGCAAUCUUCAGUUUUGGCGACUCCAUCUUGGAUGCCGGUAACAACCGCUUCCUCAAGAACUGCACUGCCCGGGCAGAUUUCCCACCUUAUGGAUCAAGCUACUUCCCCCACCCCACCGGCAGGUUCACUAAUGGAAGAACAGUACCUGACUUCAUUUCCGAGUUCCUUGGCAUUGGUUUCCAGAAACCAUACCUGGAGUUAAACGUCGCCGUUGUGAAUGGAAGUCUCAAGUAUUAUCCCAGCAAUGGAGUCAAUUUUGCUAGUGGUGGCAGUGGGGUUUUGCCGGGCACAGAUAAGGCUGAAGGAGUCAUCCCACUCCAAGAACAGCUGCAACAAUUUGUAACAAUGGUGGAGCAAAAUCAGAUUGAUAGAACUUUGAUCCAAAAGUCUCUCUUCUUGUUUGAGUCCGGUUCUAAUGACAUAUUCGACUUCUUUGUACCUACUAAGCCUCCAAUGGAUCCAGAAGCCUACGUGAAACUCCUGCUUUCUUCAGUGACAAAUUUUGUUGAAAAGAUUUACAGCCUUGGCGCUUGUCGGAUUGUUUUAUUUUCUCUGGGUCCGGUCGGUUGUGCUCCGGGAAGAGCUAUGUUGCCGGGUUCACCGACUGACAGGUGUGAUGAAAACAUUAAUGCAAUGGUCCGAAGCUACAACCAUGGCUUGGAAGAAAUGGCUAAACACAUUCACAUUAACCAUCCCGGUUCUGUUGGAACAUAUGCCGCAGUUUAUGAUAUUGUCCAUCAUUUCCGAAUAUUUCCAAGAUUCUUCGGUUUUUUGGACGUAUCAAGUGCAUGCUGUGGAGGCGGGAGUCUGGGAGGAGAAAAGCAAUGUGGGAUAGGGAAUUAUACGAUGUGUUCAAACCCUAAUGAGUUCUUGUUCUGGGAUUUAUUCCAUCCAACACAGCAUGCUUAUGAACUCAUCGCAAAGGCCUUGUGGGGCGGAUGGUUAGCUCACGUUAGGCCAUUUAAUUUGAGGGCACUUGCUAAUAUCUACCUCAUUCCUGUUUGA